AUGACGAUGCUUGCGAUGGCGCGAGGAUCGGAGGAGCGUCGGGAUAAGCCCGAGGAUGAGGCUGAAGGGGAAACUGAGGCCAACGGCGAGGUUGACGUCGUGGGGGUGGAGGAGGCCGCGCCUGUGGACCUGACGAGGAGGUUGGGGCUGACGCGGCCGCCCGACAGGCCAGCCAUAGCAUUCUCCGUGGAGAAUAUCCUGGACCCCACGAAGUUCACGGGCCGGUCCGAAGUACCGCUGCGGUACGACGAGCAGUACUGGCGGCCACAUUACGACAGGGACGACAGUGACUCCGAUCCUUAUAUCCGCAACCCGUAUCCCCAAGAGGUCGGCAACGCACUCGUAACUUCUUUGGAGUUGCGGGUGUCCAUGGGGGCGCCGAUUGCUUACCAUCAGAUAUUUAUAAGUUGUUCGAAAUUCAGGCAGACGAAUUACCUGAUGCACAGGGUGGCAAACGAACAGACUUUGUUACCUGAUGUAAAAGACCACUUGCAGCACUCGGAUAUCGAAGCAGAUGAAGUGGAGACGGAUGACCAGACCUCAAACCUAGACGAUGACAUCCUCACGCAAUCAGACCUGGACGAAAAUGGGGAUCCCAAAAGCCCCACAAGUUCCAGCUCAAAAAAAGGGAAGAGCAGCUCUUCGAGAGACUCCAAAGGUGGCACAAAGCCUAGAAGAGCAAGAACAGCCUUCACUUAUGAGCAGCUGGUUUCUUUGGAGAAUAAGUUUAAGACAACGAGGUACCUGUCAGUCUGCGAGAGGCUGAAUCUGGCGCUGAGUUUGAGCUUGACUGAAACACAGGUCAAAAUCUGGUUCCAAAAUCGUCGCACGAAAUGGAAAAAGCAGAAUCCGGGGAUGGAUGUCAACAGUCCAACGGUUCCACCACCUUCGGCGGGGGGCUUCCCAUCGGGGCCCUACCCUGGGGGUCUAUUGUACUCCCACGGGGUCCCAUACCCGUUCACAGGACCAGGUCCUUACGCCCCCUACUUUCAUCACCUUGCAGCCAAUCAUCAUCACUCUCAUGGUAGCCUGGGACACUCUCACACGUGA